GGGGUUUCUAUAAAUGGUUGUCUUGAUAUGAAUCAGCAGGCAUUCUGUUUAUUUUCAACAUGAUACCCAACCUAAUGAGAUGGUUUGUCCUUGUACUCGCGGCAGUCCACGAAAACAAAGCAACAAAAACUGUGUAUCCAAGGAUGCUCGAAAGCAGAGCUGAAGAUGGGUCAAAGAUUGUAAAAAUAUCAGAUGACAUAACACUUUCUCUGCAAAAGAGUUCAAUUUUUUCAGAAGAGUUUUUUAUUCAUAGUACACGGGAUGGCGUACCAAUCGCUUACCACAUGUGUGGCCCAGAAAUGGAGAAGAACCUUUACCAUGAUGAAGAACGGAUGGCAUCUGUGCAUUUGUCCGAUGAAGAUGGCAUAAGUAUUCAGUUCCAAAACCAAACACUUCGGAUAUUACGCCUGAAUCAAGAUUGAUGUUUUUCACUGGCCUUCGCAUACCCGUGCUUAUACGUCCUGAAGUGUUUGUUGUGGUUGACUACGAAAUUUGCUUAGCAAUGGAGUUCAAGAUACACAAGAUUACACGCUACGUGGCUAUUCUAGGUAACUCGGCCAAUCUACGGUACCGCAGUAUGGUCCAGCCAAGGGUACAGUUGUCCAUUGUUGGAGUCCGUGUGACCACACAGCUUUCUGAAGAGCCAUACAUGGUGGAAGCAUCUGGCUACAAGAAAACGAAAAAUAUUCUUUAUGGACCUACUAUAGAAAAGUUUAUGAGUUACGUUGCGCAGCAAGCCUAUUUUAUCACAUCUGACAUUAUAUUUCUUCUUACAGGGAAGAAUAUGUCUCGAUGGGAAAACAAUGUACUAAUUGGCAAUUCUGGUGGCUUUGCGUAUCUUGGAGGAGCGUGCACCAAGUGGAGAGUAGGGAUGACCGAAGAAAGAGUUGGUAGCUACUACGGUGUAUUCGUGUUUGCCCACGAGAUUGCGCACAG